AGAAGAGAAGCCCCGCGCGACCUUCAGACCGCGACCUGUGGAUGGAAAGAGCGGAGUUGGAUAGCUCUGUUCAAAACGUGGUCUAAAAGAAGGGGCUGUUGGACACCUUCCGCUCAGUUAGCUUGCGAGCAAUCAAAAGCUUCAGACGGAGGGGCUUGGGUGCGAUAGAUGUCUAAAAGAGGGGCUCAGGGUCCUCAAGGGGACAAGGACUCCGAUUUAUUUGCUUUCAAUAUGUCGAGCACACCGGACGAGAAGCCCCAGCGGGCGACGGCCGCUCAGUUGGCGAACCGAAAAAUUAAGGACGUUCGAAGACGUCGUCCGAACUCUUCAACCCCAAGCACGACGGGUGCCUCUUUCAGCGGACCCUUUAAUUCUCUUGAUCCCAACACUGUCUCUUCUUCGUCAGCUGCCCCCCAAACCGCUUCUAGCAGCUUUACAUUUGGACAGUCUCAAAGCUUCCCGGGCGCGAGCUCAAAUUCUAGCCAACCUAGCCAGAACGGAGGAGGGUCGCCGUUUUCCUUUGGGUCUGGAGGCGCUAGUAGCUCCUUCAAUUUCUCCGGCGGAGCACAAUCCUCAAACAGUAAUCCUUUUGCUACCAUGAAUUCAGGUGCUAAUCAGCAGCCCCCAUCCGGCGGAGGCCAAUUUUCUGGCUUCCAGGGCAGCAUGUUUAACCUGCCGGCGGCUGGAAGUCCAGCGCCGGCCCAGCAGCCUCUGCCUUCUGGAGGUCUGUUUGGAAACAAUUCGCAGCAACCCAGCACCUCUGGAGGUAUUUUCGGCAACCCUGCAAGCAGUGCGCCCUCUGCUCUGUCUGGAGGCGCGGCCACGAGCGGAAACCUGUUUGGAUCCACCAGUGCUACCAGCAGCACACCCCAACCCAAUCUCUUUGGUCGAUCAAGUCCCGAUAAACCUUCUCCAUUUUCCCAGUCGUCUGCACUUGAGGAGUCGAUGCAGACGUCCCCUGAUGCCAAAAACAACGCAUCUCAAUCCAAACCCACUCUGUUCGGUGCUUCUGCGCCAAGCUUUGGAGGUUCCACCAGCUUUGGUAGCCCUGCUGCUGGAACUAACUCUGUGUUUGGGGCUGCACCAUCGACUACCGCAGCAACUCCUUCAAAGCCGCUCUUUGGAGCGGGACCAACGGACUCACCCUCUUCGUCGGUCUUUGGUGCCGCCACGCAGUCUACCUCCGCCAGCACUCCUGCAGCUUCUACUCCAAGCACUGCUCCGGCGACUUCCACCUUGUUCGGCUCCACCUCAGCUGCUAAGCCAACCACGCCUUUCGCGAAUCUUUUCGGUGGUGCGUCGACCUCGUCAGCCACGCCGAAAGCCCCGGAGGAGAAAGCCGCAGAAGAGAAGAACGGAGAACCUGCACAGUCCAAACCUGCAUUCCAGUUCACACCCUCUAGCAGCACUGGCCCUUCACUCUUCCAAAAGAGCGAGACGUCUGCGGCACCGGCCAGCGGGAUAUUCCAGGCUCCAAACACCGGCAGCAACCCCUUUGCCCCCAAGCCUGCCGCGGCCCAGGAGCAGGAGAAAUCGGAACCCGCGUCCCCGAAUCCCUUCCAAAGCUUGUUCUCUCCUAAGCCUGCCACUCCGGGGCCAACCACAUCGAACACGCCCGCUACAGAGCAGAAGCCUCUGCCGUCCGCAGCCCCGUUGGGUAACCUAUUUGGAUCGAAGACCAGUACGCCUGGUGGAGCUUCUCAGACGAGCGCCCCAUCGGCCCCGGCUACCACCGCUCCUCUCUUCUCCGCUCCCGCUUCAAGCCUAAAUGCAUCUGCAUCUUCACCCGCGCCUUCUCUGUUUUCUACUUCGACGGGACCUAAGCUGCAGGAGCCCGCGACAGCUUCUCCCGUACCCGCACAAAGUCCGUUCAAGCCUAACGGUGUGAGUUUGUCGUCACCAUCUGUGUCGACUCCCGCUAGUGCGAAAGCACCGACCCCAAGCUUUGACCAAUUGCAGCCUUCCGGGCUUCCGGGUAAUUUGAGCCAGGAGACCAAGAAGGAAACGGGCACACAAUAUCGCAUCCGCAUGCUCAAUGUCUCCUUCCAGCGCAAGAUCGCAGAAUUGGAUCCCAGCACCGAUGAUUUCGAAAGUAUCAUUGGAUAUUAUUCGCGUGUGCGUGCGACUCUUUCGCCGCAAGUCGGAGCACAAAAGCUCAAGCACAAGAUCGAGGAUGGGCAAAAUGUCGCUGCCGAGGGACCUUCCUCCAAGAAACCCCGGCCGGAUUCUACCGCCGAUCUAGACACUCCAACCAAGGCCACCCCGUCUACUCCGACGGCGACUGAUGCCAAGAGCAGCAACAAGAGGAAGUCGCCCGAGCCAGAAGGCGACGAUGGCCGUCCUGAGAAACGUGUCAACGGAGCCUCCACGACGGCCAACAUCUUCGCCCAGUCAUUCUCAAAGUCAAAGACUUCCGAGACCGAUGACGACUCUGCCAAGGCGAGCCCUGCUACCCCGGCCGGUGCCUCUCCUGUCAAGGCGCCAUCCCUCUUCCCCACACCGUCUGCCUCGUCUCCCGCAAAGCCCACUUUCGGUUCGCCUGCAAAGACCACCGAGAAUUCUACCCCGUCACUCUUCGGCUCCUCUGCGUCAGUCUCCAAACCCACAUUCACGGCACCAACCGCGAACGCCACGGCUGCCCCUAAUCCUUUCGUUUUGAAGCCGUCUGGAGACAAGAACGCCGAUGCCGCAUCUGGACCUCCUAAGUUCAACACCGGACCAACCAACUUUUUUGCCCAAUUCAAGGCCCAAGCAGAUAAGACCGCCGAGAAGGAGAAGGCCAAGCGCAAGGCCGAGGACUUCGAUUCCGAUGAAGAUGAUGAGGCCGAGUGGGAACGUAAGGAUGCCGAGAAGCAGCGUCAGAAGCGAGAACAAUUCGAGUCCGAUUCCUCCAAGCGGUCUGUAUAUGUGCCAGGCAAGGGUUUUGUUUUUGAAGAUGUCAGUGCCGGUGGUUCGAAAGAAAAGACUGCAGAAUCCGAUACCCCCACGUCCGAGGCCGGCGCCUCGGUCUUCGACACCAAGGGCAAGUCGGCUGCCAGCUCCAGCAACAUCUUUGGUCAUCUAUCGGCGACCCCAUCGGAGGUGGAAGAAGACAAUGACGCAGAUGACACCGAGGAAGCUUCUGCUGCCGGCGACGACCAAGAUGAAGGAUCAAAGAAUGCCUCUCUUACACCAAACAGCGAAAAGGCGGCCACUCCUGCACUGACCGCAAAUGAAAGUAGCGAUGACGGGGACUUCACCAAAGCCCUUCAGAAGACCAAACCGGCCGAUAAGGCCACGACCAACGGGCCGACCGAGUCAAAUGCCGGCGGCCGCAGUUUGUUUGAUCGCGUCCAGUACGACGAUGAGGGCAACCCGAAGCGGCAUGGCGAGGAGGAGAAGCUUUCGACCUUCUUCAACUCUUCCAAAUAUGCGUCCUCAUUCAACUCGCCCGCCCCAUCUACUCCCAACCCCUUCGGCCAACCGGCGAAGGCGCAGCCCGAUCAAGUUGCCUCUCCAUCUUCCAAACCAGCGAACCCGAAUCCCUUCGGCAACCUUUUCGGUUCCUCCACCAACUCGAGCGCUCCCACUCCGUCGAUUUUCGGUGCCAACAACAAUGGCACCCCAAAGCCAACCAAUGACCAAACCUGGAAGAUGAACUCCCCCAUCAAAUUCGCCAGUGACUCGACCGCCUCCUCAGGCCCCAAGAUUGACUUUUCGGCCUCAACAUCGACGUCAGGCCAAUCCAAGCCGCUCUCAAAUCUCUUCGGAGGCGCUUCCAGUGGGUCUAACUCUUCCACUGCCGGCACAUCGUCCGCCACGGGCUUCUCUUUCGGGGACCCUUCGCAAAAGCCGGCGUCCUUCCUCGCCCCAUCCACCCUUAGCUCCGCGGCGCCUAGCCGUACACCCACCCCUGGUGUUACUACCGACACCGGGGCUGAGUCUGGAGAUGGUGAAGCAGCCGAGUCUCUCCCCCAGGUUGACCUCUCUCGAGGCGGCGCUGGCGAAGAAAAUGAAGACAUUGUGCUCGAGCUUCGUGCCCGCGGAUUGAAGUUGCUACCUGCGGGCUGGGAGAGCCAGGGCAUGGGAUAUGUCCGGAUCUUGAAGGAUCGCACCACUUCACGUGGCCGGAUUCUUCUCCGCGCUGACCCCAGUGGAAAGGUGGUUCUCAAUGCCUCCUUGAUGAAGCAAAUCAAAUACAACGUUUCCGGCAACAGCGUACAAUUCCUGGUGCCUCAAGUUGAAGGAGCUCCCCAGCAGUGGGCGGUCCGAGUCAAGAAGGAAGAGGUGCAGCGAUUGGGAUCUGCGAUCGAAGAGACCAAGUCCUAGUCGGUCAACUGUUGUUUUCUUUUCUUGUCUUGUUUUCUCUUCGUUUUUCAAACCAUCUCAUGAACCGGCGCAGAAGACUGAUUGCAUUUCCAGCAAACUAACGAUGUUUUUGUUUUUCCCCCUUU